AUGACUACUUCUCUUAUUGACACUUUAUUCUGUGUUAUUUGUGGAUGUCCUUUAUUACUUGAUGAAGGGAUUCGAUCAAUGACCACACAAUCUGGAUCACCUAUGUCAUCUCCAUUUCACUCACCCCGAGAAAACCUUACUGGAACAUCAGUAGGAUCACCUCGUCAACCUAAUUGUCCAUUAGCAUUAUCUACUCCACUCCCAUUACCUUCAAAUACAUUAACAGAAAAUCCAAGUUCAAGUGCAUUAGAAGAACAUGAACUAUCAUUAUCACCACCUGAAGUAUUAUUUUCUUCACCAAAACAAAAUUAUCAAUCAAUAAAUCAACAAUCAAGAAAAAACACAUAUAAACUCUCAUUUUAUAUGAAAAGAAGAAGUAAAUCUAAUAAAGGAAAUUCUUCAAUGAUUAUUGCUACUCCUACACUUGAAUUUUAUCAAUGGUUUGCAUCAAUGGUAGAACAAUAUUCAGAUUUUGGUAUUCCUUGUAAAACAUGUUUUAAUAAAGUUAAAGAAAAAUAUAUUAAUAAUAAAAAUGAAUUAAAUCAAUAUAUUGAAAUAUAUCAAUUAAGUGCAUGUACUUUAUUUCAAAAUAUAGCUGAUAUUAACCAAGAACUCAAAAAGACUGAACAAGAAACAGAAGAAUUAAUCAAAGAAAUUCAAAAUUUAGAAUUUAUUAAUGAACAUUUAUUACAAGAGAUGAACAAUAUUCUUAAAAUUUCUGAUAUUAUACAAAAACAUAUUAUUGAGUCAUAUAAAAAUGAAAAUCAAAUUAUUUCUAUUGGAUAUCAAGCAUAUGAAAAAGUAUUAGAUCAAAAAAGAAUUAAUAAUCAAUUAAUACUACCAUUACAAAAAACAUUAACAUGGAAUCAAUUAUUUCAAAGAAGAGAAAUUGUUCCAGAAAUGUCAUCAAUAAGUAUUAUUAAUAUAGUUAAAAGUAUUCCAAUUUCCUCUAUUCUUGGAAUUUUAUUCCUUCAAAUUAAAAUUUUAGCUAAUAUGAUUAAUUACCAUUUCAGUUCUGUUAUAAUUGAACCAAUUGAUAAACAAAAGAAAACUACUAGUCCUAUUAUUACAUCAAGAAAUAUAAUUGUAAAUACAAAAAAAUCUAAUAAAUUUGUAUUACAAUGUUUAUUAACAUUAUUAACUGAAUUAUCAACUAUUUUAGUUAAAGAAUCAUCACAAAGUUUCUUUCUUAUUUAUCCUAUUUCUGGAGAAACAAUCAAUGGAUUAGAUUUUAUAGGAUAUGAGUCUAAAAAAUGGUCUCAAGCUUUAGAUUGUUUUCUAACAAAUACUGAAUAUUGUUAUAAGUGGAUUAUUCGGCAUUAUAAAUAA